GACACUGAGAUAUUAAGUGGACUCACUGGCUGACAGCAGAGUCUACGAGGCAGCGAUGGAUCCACCAGUGGACAGCUUAAACGUUCGUUUCAAGGAGGACGAUGGCACUGUAUUCUUUGAAUCCUACAUUCCACCUUCUCGGGAUGCCAUCCACCUGCCUACCUACGUCCUCUACCUGAUCAUGGCCGUCUUCAUCGUGCUGUCUGUUCUUUAUGCCAUCAUCGGACACCUCAUCAAGGACCUCAUCCAUGACUGUGCAGACUGGCUGUUUGGGGAGCAGCCAGAGGAAGUGGUGGUGAACUACUGUGAGGCCAAGGAUAAGUUCAUGGCAGAUUGGUCCCCAGAAACCUCUCCUGAACUAGAGGCAAUGGCCCGGGCAGAGGAGAACAAGGUGCUGGACAGGGACUUCAUGAAAGCUCCCGCCAUCUGGAUCAUCUCUGCAGAACCACGAGGGACCAAGACAGGACCCAGAGUGGUGUUUGGGAAGAAGACUUUGAUGUGAGGGAAAUACAUUUGGAAGAUAAAAUCAGAUUUGAGAUUGUGUUGAAGAUGCAGACUUUGUGUAUUUGAUGUGAUUGGAUGAAUACUGAGAUUGCUGGAUUUGUGGAUGGUACUGCUGUAAUGAAGCUUUACUGUGUAAAACUGGGAAUGUAUUAUAUUGUUCACAAGAGGAGGGGAGCUCGAUCCACAUACGAGCUAAAUGCUUCAUCGGUCUUAUAGGGACCUCUAGUGUCUGCUGUGGUCAUUGCAGCUGAAUCAUUUAGCACACAGAAAAGAUUCAAAUGAGCUUAGCACAAUAGUCACUGUAUACAUCUGUAUUUUUAUUGUGCAAAGGACUGCAGAUGGAAAUUAGCUUUGUGCUAAAUCUGGUGCAGGCAUCUUUUUAAUGUUACUGCACAUUGUCCUUUUAAAUAAACUAAACUAAACUAAACUAAACUAAGUAGUCUAUGAUUUAAAAUGAUCAUUUCACAG